UAAAGAUUUAAUAUAUAGUGCCUCGUGUAUUUAUACCAUUUAAGAAAAUGGAAUAAUCAAAGAAAAUAAUAGAAAAAAUAUUAUUUAAAAAAAAAGAACCAAAAUGUGAUAAAAAACCAAAACCAAAGAUUUAUACGUAAACAAAAUGAAGAUGAACUUCAAUGGGAAAAGAAUACUACGAAUAUUAUUUUGUAUAUUUUGUCUUGCAUUCUUUUCAAUAUGGGUUAUAGACAAAAAAUUAUUAUUUUCAUCAAAUCCCUCGCCAGAUAUUUGGUGUUUUGAUGAAGAAUUGACUGAACCAGUGCCACCGGAUAUUUUACCAGAAAUGUCUGACAUAUUACCAAAUAAUCGACCACCAAUAUUUUUUAUCGAAACAUCAUGUAACAGUCGUUUAGCGGGUAAAAUUGUAUUAAAUUCACGACAAGCGUGUGCUGUUGAAUCAGCAGCAAAAAUGAAUCCAAAUUCUGAUAUUUAUGUACUUAUGGUGGCAGCGACUACAUUAAACGUUAGCGGUGAUUCAACAAAUGAUCGAAUAAUUCAAUCAUUAUUAUCUUAUCGAAACAUUUUUUUUCGACAUAUUAGUUUACCAAAUUAUACGAAAAAUACGCUUUUAGAAAAAUUAUAUCAAAGUAAAGUAUUGCAUUAUUCAAUUUACGCACAAUCGCAUACCAGUGAUUUUUUGAGAUACUUAACUUUAUGGAAAUACGGUGGAACAUAUUUAGAUUUGGACGUUGUAGUGAUUACGCAGUUAGAAAAAAUUCCACAAAAUUAUGCGGGAGCCGAGGAUGAUACAGAUAUUGCUGCUGGUAUAAUAAAUUUUGAUAAAGAUGGUAUGGGUCAUCAGUUAGCUGAACAAUGUUUACUAGAUUUGAGUUCUAACUACAAACCAAGAGAAUGGGGAGCAAAUGGUCCAGGUGUUAUUACACGCGUGUUAAGAAGACAUUGUAAUGCAGAUGUAACAAUUAAAAUGACCCGAGAAAAUUGUAAAAAUUUUCAAGUUUUUCCAGAAAGUGCGUUCUAUACAAUUAAUUGGAAAAAUUGGAAAGCAUUUUUUAAUGAAACUGCAUCUGAAGAAAUAAUGAAACUUCUGCAUAAAUCAAAAGUGAUACAUGUUUGGAAUAAAUUUAGUCAUGAGAAAAAAAUUACAAUAGGUUCAAAACAACCGUAUGGUUUAAUAGCAGAACAAUUUUGUCCAAAGGUUUAUGAACAAUCGGGAAGUUAUUUCUAA